ACUGGUUUAAACUUGUGAAAAGUGUACAUCUUGAAGUUAUUAUUUACACAUCUGAAAAGUGUACUAUCGUAUUCUAUCACCACUUUAUCUCGUCUUUAUAUUCUUUUAGAGAUUGCAAGCACUAUGAUGCAUGGAUCUUAUUAAGUGAUCCUUUUUAGGGAACAUAUGCGUGGCUGUUAUGAAUUGUUACAUUUAGUUUAAACUCAUUUGGACAUGUUACUAAAGUUUCUCAAUUUUGGUAUGUUCAGCUCAUACUAAGGUAGUUACAUUUUAACCCAGCAGCCACUGAUUGGUCAUCAUUUGGGAAUUUAUUUUUUUUUUAAUUUUUUUUCUUGGAAAGUUUUAAUCUUAUCUUGUUAUAUUUAAAUAACUUUCUGUGUGUUAUAUUGGAGUGUUUCUUUUUGGGUAUAAUUUGUGCUGGUUGCAUGAUUAUACUGAAAAUUAAAUGUGGCAACCUUUGCAGGUUAUAAAAGAUUUCUCAGGAUGUCUUGGUGUACUAUUGAGUCUGAUCCUGAUGUCAGACAAGUAGGCAAGUUCCAACCUAGAAACAAGUCACAACCAAUAAAGGGAACUGCUAAAUCUGUUUCUUUUAUUCUUCCUGAUGCUUCCAUUACUGGUCCUCCUCCCAUGGGAUCCUUUUCUGAGAUAACGAACCCUUCUUCUGUACAAGCGAAGAUCGAUAUACCUGUGGAUAAUCCUUUGCAUUCAUCAAUCAUAACCUCAGACUGCAAUGAAGGUGUUCAAAUAGAUCACCGAGAGGUGGGAGAAGAGAAUAGAGAAGAAAUCAGACUUCCAAAGGGUUUGGAGGAUAUUCAUACCGAGUCCCAAUCCCAAAUUGUUCAAAAACUUAAGCAGCGGAUCCAUGAAGGAAGGCCUACUUCAGAAAAUGAUGAAGAUGAUGAUGCUCAUAAACCAUGUAGGAAACUGAGAAAGAGGAUAGCCAAGUGCAGUACUGACCAAAUUGAAGUUGGAAGCAAUGAUGAACGUGAUAUUGACAACUUUAAUGUCUCUCAGAUGGAUAACAGCCAAAGUGAUGAUUGUCAUAGGGAUGAAGAUAUGCCUAGGCCAAAGAGGACCAAGAGAAAGUCAAAGAGGCAGACAAUUGAAAUCGAAAAACCCACUCGGAAGCGUAAGAAAGCCUUUGAAAAACCUGAUUCUGUUGUAGAGAAUUCACCUAAAAAGAAGUUUCCUCAUGCCACAAGGCGAAGGAGAAGGCAAGUGAACAAAGUUUUACUGCAAACACCUGAAGAUGAGAUUGACCCGAGACAGAUUAGCAUAAGAGACCUAAUAAUGCUUGCAGAAGCUAAGGAGCGUAUAGCAAGUAAAGAAGCCUUUCUGAUGGGUUUUAAGCGUUCGAGGUUCUUCUGGUCACUGAUCGAGAAGCCGCUAGCGACCAUUUCCGAAAUGCUACAACGCGAACCAGUACGUCGCCGUCGAGGCGCUGGUGGCGGGGAUGUUAAUGAAAGGUUCCAUCGGGACUACGGUCAUGACACGGAGGACUGCCGUGACCUCCAGAAUCAAAUAGAGGCGUUGAUCCGGAGAGGUCACCUCGGACGUUACCUCAAAUUCCCGAAGGCGACUCCACACCCCAAGGGACCCGUCGAGAGACAAAUCGACGUCAUCUCCGGGGGACCAGCGGCCGGUGGCAGUAGCUCUGCGGCGAAAAAGGCCUACGCCCGCAGCACUGUCGAGAAACGUCCCUGGCUCGAGCUUGAGCUUGAAAUCACCUUCGGGGCCGGGGAGGCCGAGUGCUCCCACCAUGACGACGCUCUGGUGAUCUCCAUCCAGAUCGCCAAUGCCCGAGUUAAGAGGGUGAUGGUUGACACCGGGAGCUCCGUCGACGUUCUUUACUUCAACGCCUUCAAGAAGCUUAGCUUGAUCGAGGGAGACCUUACCCCUAUGACGUCAGCCCUCACAGGAUUCACAGGGGAUUCCGUCUCCCCGCUCGGGACCACGGUCUGCCCCGUCACCAUUGGGGAGGAGCCGAGGGCGAAGACGAUAAUGACCACCUUCAUGGUAGUCGAUCUAUCCUUAGCCUACAACGUCAUCCUCGGCCGCCCAACGCUCAACAAGAUAAUGACGGUGGUUUCCACCUACCAUAGGACCAUGCUGUGGGGCGGGAGAACAAUUGGAACACGUGGACCCUGCAUGUAG